GCAAUCCCGAUUUCAAGAGUUUGCUAGGAUAGAGAGGACGUUGAUCACCAUCAGUGGAGAAGACGUAUUGACUAUCAAAUGUCAGGAGUACAUUGACUACUGACAAAUAGUGUACUGUCGCUAGUAUUGCUUGGAACAUUACACCGAGUUCUCGGGGGUCAAACCACGCACCAACGAGACACUGCGCCAUUCGGCCGAAAACUCGGUCGUCACUCUGGUAUAAGAGAAACGACGUGCACAGUAGAUAUAUCAUCACGAGCACUUAGUAAAAGAACCACCGUCAAUCAAAUCAACAUCAAACUACUUGUUUCUACCCAUUCGACCGAACGCAGCCUUAUUAUCCACCAUGGUCAAAAUCGCAAUUGCAGGCGGUGCUGGAAACGUAGGACAAGAGUGCAUCGAUGCUCUCCUCGCCACGAAGAAGCACGAGAUUGUGAUUUUCACACGCAAGGACGUCCCCGCCGAGACUACCGGCUCGCCCGUCAAACGGGUGAAAGCCAACUACGAAGACGUGGACGAACUGACUAGUCAUCUACAAGGCAUAGACGUAGUACUAUCUUUCAUCGCGCCGCAGGACCUGCAACAAGGGGUUACCUUCCAGAAGAAUCUCAUCGAUGCCUCGAUCAGGGCUGGUGUAAAGCGUUUCGUACCCAGCGAAUGGGUCUCAUCCACCAUAGAGCACAUGCCGUGGUACUCGUUCAAGAUCACGAUACGCGAAUACCUAGCCGAGAUCAACAAAGACAAAAAAGUCAUCGAGUACACUCUUUUCCAGCCUGGUCUCUUUUCCAACUACUUGACCGUCCCAUACAAGUCAGCCAAACACCUCACGCCGCUCCGGAUGAUGUACGAUUUCGAGAAUCGUAGGGCCAUCAUGCGAGAAGGCGGGGAUGACGAUACCAUCGCCCUGACCACGGUACAAGAUCUCGCCGGCGUUGUCGCGCGGGCAAUCGAUUACGAGGGCGAAUGGCCGGUCGUGGGCGGCGUUCGAGGCUCGCGCAUCUCCAUCAAGGAGCUCAUUGCUCUUGGUGAAGAGAUAAGAGGUGGACCCUUUGCCAUCGAAAGACUCACCAACGAGGACUUGAAGAACGGGAACUGGACUGCCUCCUGGAUUCCGGAAUUCGAACACGAUGCCAUCCCACCGGCGAUGGCCGGGGAGUUCACGAAGAUGGUACUGAUUGGCUUCACUAAGGCUUUUGGGGCAGGUGCCUUCGAUGUGGGAGAUGAAUGGAACCGAUCGCUGCCCGAUUACAAAUUCACGGAUGUGAGGACAUUCUUGCUGAAGGCAUGGGAGGGGAAGCCUUGAUGAGGUAGUGUUAUAGACCGUGUUGCGCAGCCAGUCUUCGCGGUAAUGCGAUGGCGCAGACGAAAUGCAGUAGUAGUAAGUUUUUACUAGCGAACAAUGUACUGUCUUUACUGUAUACCACGGAUCGUUCU